AUGCUCGCCCUAUACAACCAACGCCCCAUUAUCUCUCAUCCCUUCUCAAACGCGACCUGGAAUAGAAUGAGACUCGGCAUGCUGCCUCUCUCGUCGACGCCACCACCCACGGAACCAAAAUUCGGCCACGGCGUCGACUGCCCCGUCCUCGACAGCACCGCGGACCUGUGCAUCCCCAGCUUCGCUCGCAUCGACUCGCUAUGCGCGAUCGACAGCGAAUCCUUUCCGUGGCUGGCCGUUCUGGGGAGUGGCGCUUGGGACGAUCCUCACGGCGUCGCCAGUGCCGUGGCUCCGAGCGACCAGGACAAGGCCUCGCAAGACGGUGGUGGCGACCUCGAUGACGACGCCGACGCUGAAGGCGAAAUUGACGAUGGCACCGAGGAAUACGAGACCUUCCGGCUGAGCUUCACUGCUCCGGCCAAAGGCAAGCAAGGCCCCGACGACAGCGCUAGUGACUACUAUGAACGCAGCGCAUCGCGGGCACGAAGCAGCCCCUUCGACCCACCUAGCUCCUCCAGCGAUGACUCCUCCAGCCUGUCUGGCUUGGACUCUGGCUCCGCCUGCUCCCAGGGCUCCCACUCGGACGCUGGGGUUCACGUUCCUGACGAGGUCGACAUCCCUGCAUACAAGGUCGUUGAUCACAUCUCUGGCGCGCCCGACGAAUAUGUUCCACGAGAAGUCCAUACACGCAUACCCGAGGAGGUUGACGAUUACACCCCCGAGCUGGACGAAGCCGGCUCGGGCGACGAGUACCGGCCGCGAACGACGAGGCAGCGUCGUGGGUGCACCAAGCCCCGCGGCCGAAAGCGCAGGCGGCACAACACCACUUCUUCAUACGGUCUCAAGCGUGCGCGCUCCCUCUCUCCUGCUACCACCUCCGCGUCCACCAGCGCCAAUAGCAACAGCGGCACCACAAGCAAUAAGCGUCGGCGCACCGGCCAAAUUACCCCCGCCGAAGCCGCCGCGCGCCUCCGUGUCCUCUACCGCCUGGCGCAGGAGGGCUACGCGCGCUGGAAGCUUGUCCCCAACUACCCCAUUAUUGAGGAGAGUUCCGUGAAGGAUUCCGAGAGCGAACCCAAGAAACCCGCGCUCCAUAUCUGUCUCCUCGAGCUCCCCGAGGACCAUCCUACGAUCAUCAAGCGCAGGGAGGCAGACAAAAACAACACCGAUCUCCGGUGUCUCGCGAACAUCCGCGACAGCACCUCCGGCUGGACCAAGCACGCCCUCACGCACGUCGGCGAGUACAACGAGUCUUUUUGUAUGGCGUGUGGCAAGGAAUUUACACGAGUCUCGUCGGUGCAGCGGCAUAUGCACAGCUGCUUGAACAGCAAGGUGCACAAACGGCGCUUGAAGGCAGCGGGCUUGGAAGAGAAGCCGGAUGGGGGAUUUAACUUGGCGUCGCAGACGCUCACGCAGGAAGCGGUCAAUAGGGCGGCGCAGGUGCUGGAGGCGAUGGAGGAUUGA